CAAGGUUUCUCUGUGUAACCCUGGCUGUCCUGGAACUCUCUGUGCAGACCAGGCUGGCCUUGAACUUGCCAAUGUCUCCCAGAAUGCUGGCAUUAAAGGCUUUUGCCACCACACCUAGCUUCAGUCAGUCUUUUAAACAGAUCUUUAGAUUCUCCCUUAAUCCCAAAUCAGGUCUCUGGAGUCAGUCCUAAAUUGGAGGACCAAACAUCCUAAUUUGGAUAUUCUUGAUCCUAGAAUCCAGUUUUCCCUGUACUACUGUGAGCCCUUGGGCAAAUAAAAUUCCUUCUUGUCUGUUCCUUUAUUCCAGGAUCUGCACAGGGAAGACAGUUUUACUUGACCAUUAUGAAGGUCUCUUUUACCAAAAUUCUGUGAUUUCUUUAAAGUGUUUUCUAGACACACCCACAGAGUGGGUAUGAGGAAGUGCUAACACUUCAGAUCUGGAUACGGAGCCCUGAAGUUUCUUAUAUAGGCCACUGGGUUGUCAUUCACACACUUUUGAGGUUUUCAGAACAGGAAAUUAGGUGGGGUAAACUUUGCCUGUGAGAAACGUCACAGGCCAACUAUGCUUUCAGUUGAAAGAUGUGUUAUUGUGAGUGGAACACGGCUGAAGAACCCAGGCUUCUGUCUAUGUCCAGCCAACAGGGUCGCCAUGAUCCUGGCCUCUUCACUUCUGGAUUCAGUGCUUGAUGCUGGAUGAUAACCCACUACAACCAGACCAGCCUUGAUGUAUAGCACCUUCCAGUCUAUCCUCUGCUGCUGCUGCUGCUGCUCUGUGCAGAAGAGACGGGUGAGAACGCAGUUAAGCCCGAGCAGAAAUGAAGACCUCUCAGAAAAACAUCCCCAACGUCAGAGGCCGUGGUUCUCCAAACUGACGGGCAAAAAUCAAUCCAACAGAGGCGGGAUGCAACCCUCAAAGCGCAAGCCGCUGCCUCCCCUCCCGCAAGAGCUUCCGGAAGAGAGAAUCCAGGUCAAGGCUCUUUAUGAUUUCCUGCCUCGGGAGCCCUGUAAUUUGGCACUGAAGAGAGCAGAGGAAUAUCUGAUAUUGGAGAGGUGUGAUCCUCACUGGUGGAAGGCCAGAGACCGCCUUGGGAAUGAAGGCUUAAUCCCAAGCAACUAUGUGACAGAAAACAGACUCUCCAACUUAGAAAUAUAUGACUGGUACCACAAGAACAUUACAAGGAACCAGACAGAACGCCUAUUGAGGCAAGAGGCUAAAGAAGGUGCAUUUAUCGUGAGAGAUUCGAGACAUCUGGGGUCCUACACAAUCUCUGUGUUCACAAGAGCUGGAAGGCAUACACAGUCUUCAAUAAAACAUUAUCAGAUUAAAAAGAAUGACUCAGGGCAGUGGUACAUCACCGAAAGACACCUCUUUCCCUCAGUUCCCGAGUUGAUCCAGUAUCACCAGUACAAUGCAGCUGGUCUCAUGUCCCGUCUCCGCUAUCCUGUUGGCCUCCUGGGCAACUGUUUACCAGCCACAUCUGGUUUUAGCUAUGAAAAGUGGGAGAUAGAUCCGUCGGAAUUGGCUUUUCUCAAGGAGAUUGGAAGUGGUCAGUUUGGGGUAGUCCACUUAGGAGAAUGGAGAGCACACAUCCGGGUCGCCAUCAAGGCCAUCCAUGAAGGAUCCAUGUCUGAAGAAGAUUUCAUUGAGGAAGCCAAGGUGAUGAUGAAACUGUCACAUUCGAGGUUAGUUCAACUUUAUGGGGUGUGUAUACAGCAGAAGCCCCUCUACAUAGUGACGGAGUUCAUGGAGAAUGGCUGCCUGCUUGACUAUCUGAGGGAGAGAAAGGGCAGGCUGCAGAAGGCGCUGCUCCUGAGCCUGUGCCAGGACGUAUGUGAGGGAAUGGCGUACCUGGAGAGGAGCUGCUAUAUUCACAGGGAUCUGGCUGCCAGGAACUGUUUGGUCAGUUCUGCCUGCGUAGUGAAGAUCUCAGACUUCGGAAUGACGAGGUACGUUUUGGACGAUGAAUAUAUCAGUUCUUCUGGAGCUAAGUUCCCAGUCAAGUGGUGCCCGCCUGAAGUUUUUCAUUUCAACAAGUACAGUAGCAAGUCUGACGUCUGGUCAUUCGGAGUUUUAAUGUGGGAAGUUUUUACAGAAGGAAAAAUGCCUUUUGAAAAUAAGACAAAUUUGCAAGUGGUGGAAGCCAUUUCUCAAGGUUUCCGGCUGUAUCGUCCUCACCUGGCCCCCAUGUCCAUAUAUAAAGUUAUGUACAGUUGCUGGCAUGAGGUUCCAACGAUGCCAACAGCGCCAUGCUUUUCCCCAGGCGGACAGAGCCAAAGCACAUGGCACAGUAAAACAGGGAAAGGAGCUCUGAUCGCUGCUUCCAAGAACCCCAAAGGCCGUCCGACAUUUGCUGAGCUGCUGCAGGCUCUCACAGAGAUCGCUGAAACUUGGUGACCUUACGUGGAGCACCGGCCCACAGGGUCAUCUUGCAAAACUGUCACAAGGUGAAAUCACAGCGUCACUGGUGGGGAGUAUCUCCACUUGGGUUGUUGACCCUCGGCAACGGAACAAAGGUCACAGGCUUGUCACACUGAUUUCAAUGUAAACUAAUUCUGAUGGCAGCCUUUGUACAGGUGUGAGAGGGACUUCUGAACUACACUUCUCUACACUCCACAUCAGCCUUCCGGGUGGCUUCCUCAUGAGAGGCACCCUCACGACCCUUGAGUGUACACAGACCCCUGAUUCUUCAU